AUGCGGAUAUUUAUUUUUCUAAUUUCUUGCGCGUUUUCAUCAGAGAUUCUUGCGAGCGGGAUUCAAUUUGAGUUUCCGGAAUUCAACGGAAUCCGAUUGUUUUGCCCGAUUGAUGAACUCAAAAAGACAAAUGCCCAUCCAAAUUGCACAGAUUCUGCUUUUAAAAAGUCAGAAUGCUCAUUUUCCUGCGAUGAAGGUCAAAAAUACACUGACUCAAGAGGCCAUGCCCAUCCACUAACGAGCAGAUGUACUUGUCAACGAGCUCAGUGCAAUUGGAAUCCUCCUCUUGCAAAAUGCCGCAGUGUUGGAGAAGUAAACAAGAGAAAACUUAUGCCAAAGCUCUCGGAGAUCUCUCAAGCUGAUGAGAAUGAGGGAGAAGUUGUCGGGCUCAUUUUUGACCUGAUAGUCCCAGGUGACGCAGACGAAAUCAUUUUCAAGAAUUCUCAUCUGCAUGUCAUCCCAGACAAUCUCUUGCAGGGGACCUACAAGCUUAUCUACGUUGACUUUUCAAACAAUUUUCUGAAAACUGUCCCUGUCGAACUAUUUCGUAAAACAGAUUUGGUGACAAAUAUCGACCUCAGCUUCAAUCAGAUUUCUUUUCUUCCGUCAGGAAUCUUUGACAACCUGGGCAAGCUUGAAGUUCUCGACCUCUCACACAAUAAUUUGAAGAAGAUCAAUCAAGAUAUGAGCAGCCUCUUCAAGCUGAUCGAUAUAAGUUUAUCAUUCAACAACCUUGAAGAAGUCGAUGAAAAUGAUCUUGUCCUCCCUGGAAGCGUGGAGUACCUCCAUCUCCAAAAUAACAGGAUCUCUAAAAUGUCGCCCAAUAUCUUUCCGUUUGCGCUUUACAACAUCGAUCUUUCAAAUAAUCUUCUAAAGGACGAUUUCGAAGAAUCAUUCAAAGGUGCUCCUAACCUUGUCGGACUGAAUGUUGACAACAAUCUUCUCGAAAGAUUUCCGACGAAGAAAUACCCGAAUCUUCGACGAGCCGAGUUGAGUGGAAACAAAAUAAAGCUAUCAGGCAGUGAAAAUCUUGCUGUGAAGAUGCCCUUAUUGGAAAAACUAAAUCUUGCAAGAAAUCAAAUCACAAGUCUGCCCGCUACCUUUUUACCAGAAAAAUGCGACGUUCUGAAACUUAUCAAUUUCAAAGAAAAUGGAUUAACCGAACUUGCAAAUGAUGAACUUGCAUGCGAAAGCCUCAAUCACAUUUUAUUCGGACGAAACAAGCUUACGUCGAUUCCCACUGAUUUGGUCAACAUUAACUCUCGUAUUAUCGACUUCAGCUACAACGAUAUUCCCGAGAUUGCUGAUGACUUUUCCGAUUACGGAGAUUACCUUCGUCACGUUUACAUGCAUAGAAAUAAUCUUAGCUCUUUCCCGAGGGCUUUACUUUAUGGAAAACCAAAGCUCCGCGACGUUGAUUUUUCGAACAAUGAAAUAACGAGAAUCGCGGAUGCUGAUAACAAAGAUUUGGAGGAGUUGUACAAAUCCGGUUUCUUGGAAAAGAUCGAUCUAAGAGGAAACAUUGACCUGUUCCCCUUUAUGAACUUUGCGUUCGUUGGACCAGAUGCGGAAGAAGCUACUAGGUAA